AUGUCUCAAGUCCAACUUACUCAACUGGCUACUCAGCCAACGACUCAGCCAACUCAGCCAACUACCCACCCAAUGACUCAGCCAACUAACCAGCCAACGACUCAGCCAAUGCAACCGACAACACAAGGUGUUCAAGCCGCUCCCUCCAUGAUCCAGACUCAAGUGAGCGGCCACUGCACCGGACGCCAACGGGGUUCGCAGGGUUACAGCGGGGAAGACUGUAUGGCUAUUGUCAACUGCGUCAAGAGAAUCCUGCCGCUAGGGAGCAACGACUGGAACCACGUCCAUGAGUUGUACGAGCAAUAUGUGGUUCAAAACAACCGCCUCCUGUGUGAUCCGUAUCCCAUCAAGACAAAGUUCAAGGCGAUGGUCGCCUUGAGAAAGCCCACUGGCAAUCCCAAUUGCCCAGUUUGGAUUCGGGAGGCUAAACAUGCAAACCUCAUGAUCAAGGAUCGCGCUAAGACUUUGGCCUUUGUCGACAACAAAGAUGAGGAGUUGGAUAGUGCUGAUGAGAGAAAUGGCGUAGGGAACCCGGUGCCCCUCUUACCUGUAGACCCUGGGUCGCAGUCGCAGUCAACUCUCAUUUCCGGGUGGAGUGCUACUCAGAGCCAACUCCCCGAUAAUCCGAUCGAUGUGGACGACGACCCCAAUGACAAGUCGCUCUGCAAGUACGGCAACAUCGCGCAAUCCUCGGGAAAUGCUUCAAUGGGUGCAACCCAAGGUCUAACGUCGGCUGCAACACCGGGCGGGCCUCUUGGAGCGGGUCCAGUUGAUCGUUGUAAAGCUCAAAAGUGUUUGUGA